CGAUAAUAGCACAUCAGCCAGAGCCGCUCUAUUGGGAGAGCAGAGCACAGGCAGUGCAGGAGGACUGAGCUGCUGAGCACAGAGCGGCACACUCGAGGAGACAGGCACACUCCGAGAGAGCGAGGGAAGAGCGCAAGAGCAUCAGAGAGGGGAGGACAGAGCAGGAGCAGAGCAGUGGAAAGAGGAGAGGACAGCGAGGAGGGGGGGGAGAAAAGUUACCAGGUCAGCAGCAGAGCGUGGAAGUGGAGCAGCUGGGACUCAAGCGGGGUCUCAGUCCCACCGGAGCAGCCCGGUGCAGCAGCAGCAGCAGCAGGCAGCAGAGGAGGAGAGUGAUAUUACAUGAGGGGAUAGAGGCAGAGCUGUAACUUCUUCCUGGAAAGGCAGUCCUGUCAUCAGGGUUAGGGUAAUGCUCCUCACAGGACCCCCCUGCACAGCUACUUCUGCAGGAUCACUUCAACACUGCGAGCAGGAGACCCUUGAACCUGGCCGAGGUGUCUGAGCGCUGCAGAGUCUGAUCCAUCCGUGCACUGUGAAAGUGGAUGUGCCGGUGCUUCCCUGAGGAGAGUGGAGCUGUGGAGGGUGGAGUUGUUCUGUCCUGUCAUCUCUGCAGAGACUAUGUUAGACUGUGCGUCGGGAAGUCCUUCAUCAGCAGCUGCAGCCCUAGAGCAUGGAGAAGUCCAGCAGUGAGGAGUCAGCCAUUCACCGUAGCCCCUCAGUAGAUAGCCGCGACUCCGAUUUUGCCCAAGCCUCCACGUCUGGCCGCCCCUUCGGUGGCCGGGGGUUCACCGCCGGUGCUUUCUACGGGUCCACGGGCUCGCGCAAAAACGCACAGCAGGGACAGGCUGGAGCGGCAGCUGAUGCCAGCGCGGGGGACAAGUCCAGCAACAAGCCGAGCACACCCAAAGGCAGCAAAUACGUGGUGUUUUACCUGGAUCUAUCCUUUGUGUUCCUUCUAGAAUUCAAGAAGUGCAACAUGGCACGAGGCUGCCUCUGCUGCUUGAAGUAUAUGAUGUUCAUCUUCAAUCUCAUCUUCUGGUUGUGCGGCUGCGGGCUGCUGGGCGUGGGCAUCUGGCUCUCCGUGUCCCAGGGCAGCUUCGCCACCUUCUCUCCGUCCUUCCCGGCGCUGUCCGCCGCCAACAUGGUCAUCGCCAUCGGAGCCAUCGUCAUGGUGACGGGCUUCCUCGGCUGCCUGGGCGCCAUCAAGGAGAACAAGUGCCUGCUUCUGAGCUUCUUCAUUGUCCUGCUGAUAAUUCUCCUGGCAGAGCUGAUAUUGCUCAUCCUGUUCUUUGUGUACUCAGAUAAGGUGAGUGAGAACGCAAAGCAGGACCUGAAGGACGGCCUCGCUCUCUACAACUCAGACAACAACAUAGGCCUGCGGAACGCCUGGAACAUCAUCCAGGCAGAGUGGAAGUGCUGCGGUGUGAUAGCGUACACCGACUGGCACGAGGCCCUGCAGGAGAAGGUGGUUCCUGACCGCUGCUGUCAGGAGCAUUACCAGAACUGUGGACAGAACUCCACCAACAUGUUCUGGAACAGGGGCUGCUUCGAGAAAGUGGAGGAAUGGCUGGAUGAAAACAAGCACCUGCUGGGAACUAUAGGCAUGGUCAUCUUGGUGCUGCAGCUGCUGGGCAUGGCGUUCUCCAUGACACUGUUCCACCACAUCCACCGAACGGGGAAGAAGUACGACGCUUAGCCUCCGGGGGCGCUGACACCCAACGGAGAGGAGCCCCACUGCCUGAUGGGAUAUGACUCUGAUUUAAACGGCCCCCCUCUCCCCUGCUUCCCUCAUUCACUUAAUAACCUCUUUAGAGCAACACCCCCCCCACCACCACUUCCCAGUCCUUCUGUACAGAUUCCAGCUGUGUCUCCCCCCCGCUCUCUCCUCUCACCAUUCAUUUUGCCAAAGAGUAACACAACUGGAAGAGAAGAGAAGGGACACCUACUUUUGGCAAGGAAGAGAAUCCCAUUGGCCGUCACUCCUCUCCAGUAUUUUCUCUCUUUUCGCUCGGACUAACAAUUUGCUGGAAGGAACAAAAAGACUCUGAGACAAUGAAGACUUGACUAAUGCCCCUGUCCUCCCCCGAGCAGAGCGAACAUUUGAAACUGUCGAUGCCCUCCACUUCGCCCACCCCCCCCUCGUCGACUGAAGUCAAGUCCUCUCCCCCUUUUCAUUUGUAAAUGAGAAAAAGUUCCAACAUGGCAUGCUAGUUUUCUACUUCACUGAUUUAACUUUGUUGUCUAAAUGUUCAAAACGCUUUUCUCUUUUGUUUUCCUGUAAGUGUGUCAUCGAUGCUCCUGUGGAAUGUAAGUGUGGAACAGAUCAGUGCAAUGUGCGCUCAGACAUGCAGUGUGUGUGUGUGUGUUUGUGUGUUUGUGUGUGUGUGUGUGGUGGGAUUUGAAGUGACGUUGCUGCAGAGGGGCACAGAUAUGUCGGGAUGAUGUCUAAUGUAAUCCAUGAUUCAUAAUUUCAUAUUUUUUUUCAUUUGGCUGUGGAGACUCAGGUAAAGAGAGAGUGAUGGAGGAACACAGUGUAAGUGUGAGGAUUCAUUUCACGGGCGAUUCUGCAAUAAUCCUCUGAAUGAUAAAUUGUGACGCACAAAUCGAGCUCUGAAACACACACACACACACACAGACACACACAGCUGCCACACAGCAGCAUUGUUCCCAUUCCCUGCGAGACAAUGCAAAUGAUGUAAAAUGGCUGUUUAUUAGGGCUCCGCCAGGACUGCCGAGUGGAGACAUCUGGGUGAUGAAGUUCCCACUUUGAGAACACAGGCUGACUCGUCUGUGUGUGCGCUCUGUGGCUGUGUUUUUAUCACAAUGUCUGAGCGGCAGAAAGGGAAAGAAUGGAAAAGAAAUCCCAGCGUAUAAAUCUAUAGAGUCGAGGGCACGAGGGGCAGAAGCAGAGCUGACAUGUUGUCUCGCUGCUGCCAUCGACCGGGUGUCAGCGGGGGGGGCGGCUCUCUCUUCUAUAUAUUCCUGAUAUCUCAUCCACUCACUCUGGCCUCCUCGCUUCUGUCUCUCUCCAGCUGUCGGCUCCCAUAUUUUAUAAAUUUCCACAAUCCCAAUUUCCUUCCCACGUGUCACAAACCAACAAGCCGCCGUCCUUGUUGCUCCAAAACACUUGCACAAUAUCUCUGCUCACAUUCCUGCUCAUCGCGCAGUUUCCAACUUCUUCUCUUUCUUUUUGUAAUCUUCCUUUUAUGGCUGCAAACAGAGAGGGGGGGGGGGGCACAUCAAAGCUGAGACGGAUAGGUCUGGCAUCAUGCCCUGUAGGACGCUUCUGUUUAAGUCUGUUUACCGCCAACUCGCUGCAGGAGGUCUGUGCAGCAGCCUUCCUCCUUAACACUGGAAAUGCUCCGGUGUGGCGACUUGAAGGAAAAAUGCCCGGGGGGGGUGGGGGGGCGGCCCCGGGCUUCAAAAGUUGUGUGUGUGUGUGUGUGUGCGCGAGAAGCGGUGUCGUGGAGGACGAGCUCAUUGUUAAAAGGUAAAUUCAAGUUUGAUCAACACUGUGUUGUGAUAACUUUGAACUCUCCAGAGUGAGGAAGAAGAAGAGGGCGUCCGAUUGGGCGAAAGGCAAGCGGGGAGUCAGACGAGCAGGCGGGUUAACGAAACAUCGCUAAUAACCACGUGUGUCCAGACAUAGCUACAUCAGACACGACGAGUCGAACUGGAAAGGGCCUCUGAUCAUCUCCAACCAGGUUUUCCGAUAAUAGUCCCACUCUGUUUCCUGUUUGUGGUCGUGCUCUCGUUCCGUUCUGAUAAUCCGCCUGAGCAGCCACGUUUGCCUCGUUUCGAUAUUCAUUAUGACCCAGCGUUCCUUUGAGCCACUUCCUGUGUGCUCGAUCGGCCGCGACGCCUCUCUCUCCACGCAACAACGUCAUUUUCAGCCCGCACAGAUGCCGCGGCAGGUGCGGGCGGCAGCGAACAUACUUCACGUCUGUCGGAGAAAUAUGAUGUUUUUGGGGGGGGGUCUUAAGACCUGCACAGGUGUUUCCAAUUACUCUGAGCGACUGGACUCCAGGUCAGUUUGACGCUCGAGCCGCGGCGUCGCCCCCAGUCACGUGACGCUCCCUAAACUCCGAGCUGACGACAGGGAUGAAGGUGUAGACGGUUGUUCUAACAGCCUGAGCAACGGCAUCAAUCUCAUACACGCCUGAAACGGCUGCUUCCAACCCCCCCCCCCCCCCCCCC